AUGCCAACAACCAUCCCGCCACCUCCCAAACACACAGAGCCCAAUCAAAACCCAAAAGCCUCAAAAGCAGGAAAUGUCCAACCCAACCAACAAAUACGGCCUCACCGCCGUCCCAGCCUCAGCCCAAGACCUACUCACCAAGACACCUUACUACCCAGCACCAACCACCCCCCCCCCCAAACCGCAAUCCCAGUCUCCGCAACCCCAAUCCCAGACACCCCACUAGCACAGCGCAUCAACGCCUAUGCACGCACACACCUCCCCGAAGAGACAUACAGCCACUCACGACGGGUAUACCACUCCGGGCUCGCGAUCAAACGCUAA